AUGAUUCCAUCAACUUCUAUUGAUGAAGAAGCGAACAAUCCAACCAAGGUCCUUUUCAAUAACAACAAUAUCGAAUUUUCCGAAUUGAACGUGAAAACGGAAAACGAUAUAGUGUUGAGUGGACCGGAGUCUGGCAUCGCGUCUGGCGAAGAAGUUACCGAAACCGACUCCUCACCAGCCCAAAGUUCCAAGGAAGGCAGCCCUAUUACGCAUGUCAUUGCACCCCCGUCCAAUGUAAGCCUUCACGUUUCCUCCUGGGAUUUAUUAUACUGAGA